ACCCCUUGCUCCAGUUGGGAACAUGCGGUUUACGUGACCGACGAUCGAAACGCGCCACUACAUACAGCCAGAAACAAAGGAAGAGAAGCAAAUGCUUACCUUACGUACAUCAUUGAACACUACGACAAUCUUCCCGAGACCGUCGCCUUCAUACACAGCCAUCUCAGUUCCUGGCACAAUGACCAGAACGCCGCGAAAGCAUUACAGUUGCUCAACAUAGAUUUUGUACAGAGGAACGGAUACGCAAACUUCAGGUGUCAUACAACGCCUGGUUGUAACCCGGCAGAGAUACAGCCGUUUCGCAACAAGAAAGAGCAGGCUGGUAUAGACAAACACGAAGCAGCAACCGAGAGAGCCUUUGCUAAGGCCUGGACGGAAUUGUUCAACUCGACCGCCGUUCCGGAACAAAUUGGAGUGGCUUGCUGUGCCCAAUUCGCCGUGUCUCGAGACCAAAUCUUGCAACGGCCGCUCGCGCAUUAUAUCUGGUUCCACAGCUGGCUGAUGGACACAUCUCUGGACGACGCGACUGCAGGCAGAGUGAUGGAGUAUACCUGGCAUAUCAUCUUUGGUCAAGAGCCGGUCUAUUGCCCAAAAGUCUAUCAGUGCUUCCGAAACGUAUAU